AUGUCUGAGCCAGAAUUUCAACAAGCUUACGAAGAAGUUGUCUCCUCAUUAGAAGACUCUACCCUUUUUGAACAACACCCAAAAUACAGAAAGGUUUUGCCAAUUGUUUCUGUUCCAGAAAGAAUCAUACAGUUCAGAGUCACUUGGGAAAAUGACAAGGGCGAACAAGAAGUUGCCCAAGGUUACAGAGUGCAAUACAACUCCGCCAAGGGUCCAUACAAAGGUGGUCUACGUUUCCAUCCUUCCGUCAACUUGUCUAUUUUGAAAUUCUUGGGUUUUGAACAAAUUUUCAAGAACUCUUUGACCGGUCUGGACAUGGGUGGUGGUAAAGGUGGUCUAUGUGUGGACUUGAAGGGAAGAUCUAAUAACGAAAUCAGGAGAAUUUGUUACGCUUUCAUGAGAGAAUUGAGCAGACACAUUGGUCAAGACACUGACGUGCCAGCUGGUGAUAUCGGUGUUGGUGGUCGUGAAAUCGGUUACUUAUUCGGUGCUUACAGAUCAUACAAGAACUCCUGGGAAGGUGUCUUAACCGGUAAGGGUUUGAACUGGGGUGGUUCUUUGAUCAGACCAGAAGCCACCGGUUAUGGUUUGGUUUACUACACCCAAGCGAUGAUCGAUUAUGCCACAAACGGUAAGGAAUCUUUUGAAGGUAAGCGUGUCACCAUCUCUGGUAGUGGUAACGUUGCUCAAUACGCUGCUUUGAAAGUCAUUGAAUUAGGUGGUACUGUCGUUUCCCUUUCUGACUCUAAGGGUUGUAUCAUCUCUGAAACAGGUAUCACUUCCGAACAAAUCGCUGAUAUUUCUAGCGCCAAGGUUAACUUCAAAUCUUUGGAGCAAAUCGUCAGUGAAUACUCUACUUUCUCUGAAAACAAAGUUCAAUACAUUGCAGGUGCUCGUCCAUGGACCCACGUCCAAAAGGUCGACAUUGCCUUGCCAUGUGCCACCCAAAAUGAAGUCAGCGGUGAAGAAGCUAAGGCUUUUGUUGCUCAAGGUGUGAAGUUUGUUGCUGAAGGUUCCAACAUGGGUUCCACUCCAGAAGCUAUUGCCGUUUUCGAAACUGCACGUUCCACCGCUGCUGGACCAAAGGACGCUGUGUGGUACGGUCCACCAAAGGCUGCCAACUUGGGUGGUGUUGCAGUUUCUGGUUUGGAAAUGGCACAAAACUCUCAAAGAAUCACUUGGACUAGUGAAAGAGUUGACCAAGAAUUGAAGAGAAUCAUGAUCAACUGUUUCAAUGAAUGUAUUGACUCUGCCAAGAAGUACACUAAGGACGGCAACGCUUUGCCAUCCUUGGUCAAGGGUGCUAACAUUGCAAGUUUCAUUAAGGUCUCUGAUGCUAUGUUUGACCAAGGUGAUGUAUUUUAA